AUGGAUCAAAGCGGGAACGCAUUACUUCUAAGAUUCAUUGAGUCUCAGCAGUUUGGUUUGUUUACAUGUAUUGCUUAUUUAACUAGGUAUGCAUCAAAUAUUGGGAUUCAUCAUCACCUUUGUCAAAAACUUAGAACUUAUAAAAUUGAAGAUCUUUCAUUCUUCAUACCUCAAUUAUGUCAAAUAUUGGUAACAGUGGAGACUGAAUCAAUGGCUUUGGAAGAUUUACUUUUAGAUAUGAGUACACAACAUCCGCAUUUUACAUUACUAACGUUUUGGUAUUUACAAGCUCAUUUAACUGAUUUAUCAGAUGAUCCAAACUCACAUAGCUUCCAAAGUGCAAGAAGAUUAUUAAACAAUUUACAAUAUAUCCUUUUCAAUAUUGGAUCACCUCCUUCAAAAAAAGUUAGAGAAAAUGUUGCACCAAGUGUGGUUUUAACUUCUGCAAUUGCGGCUAGUAUGGGUUUACCUCAAUUAGGUCAAUUCAUUGGACCUGUUGCUCAAAGUCAAGGAAGAAAGCAAAAAUCAUUUGUUUUUGAAUUGGUUAAGAACUUCAAGAAUAAAUUAACUGAUAAUUUGACAAUGAAGAAUACAUUAACAAAUUCAUCAAGAGUUUCAUCUUCUGGAGGUGUUGCAUAUGAUACAAUUCGUAAAUCAUCCAUUGAUGAAAGUUAUAAAAAGGAACAACCAAGUGAGAAACGUAAAGAGGAACUGAAUUAUGAUUUUGCAUCAAUUGAUUCUUAUACUGAAAAUGUUGUUGCUAAAGACAAGAGACAUAAACUUACAAAAGAAUUACUCAGAACAAAUUCUGCAUUUUAUGAACAAGGUAAUGAUUUAUCAACUGCAUCUUCACCAACAUUUGGUAAUAAUUUUGAUAAUUCUCAUAACUCUGCUUCAAUGCCUGAAUUACAACGUUCAAAUACUGGACCAUCUUCACCACAGGGUUCAAUCGCAUCAACACCUGAUAAAUUUUCAAAACGUGGUCGUCAAUCAAGUAGAGGAUCUCAUCAUGGUGCCAAUAUAAGAAAUAUUUCACCUGCAUUAAUGACAACGCCUGCUAAAAUUAAGCUUUUGAAAUCAAACUAUUUUAGAUGUGAAACACAAUUUGCUAUUGCAUUACAAUCAAUCUCUGUGAGAUUAAGUCAGGUUCCUCAAGAAGCUCGUCUUUCAUCACUACGUGCAGAAUUAUCUCUAUUGAAUAGAGAUUUACCAGCUGAAGUUGAUAUUCCCACAUUAUUACCACCAAAUAGAAGAGGUAAAUUACACAAAAUUGUUCAUAUUACUGCUAAUGAAGCUGCAGUGUUGAAUUCUGCUGAAAGAGUCCCAUUCUUGUUAUUGAUUGAAUACUUAAGUGAUGAAUUAGAUUUUGAUCCUUCAACAAACGAAAAUGAUAAAUUAUUACAUGAAAAACCAAAUAAUUCAUAUAUCUUCGAUUUAGGUAUUCAAACUUCAUCAGCUCAAGUAUCACCUCCACCAACUACUUAUUAUGAUGAAAAACCAAAAGAAACUGAUUUAGGAGAUUUAUCAGUUGUUAAAUUAUCUAAUAAAAAUGGUAAUGAAACCUUCCAAAAUGAUAUGCUUGUUGCAUCAGCUACUAAUAUUCCAAUCAUCAAUCAAGAAGAAGAACGGGCAUCUGAUUUAAAUUUCCAAUCAAACUAUCAUUUUAAUGUUUCUGAUAAUGUUGAUACUUCAGACUUAGCUACACAAAUGAGAAUUGCAGCUGUCAUGUUAUCACAAUUAGAUGGUGCUACCAGUACAUUACCCGUUGAUCAAUCAACAGCAAUCAAAGCUAGAAUUAUUUCAUCUAUGCAAUCAUUACAAGAUCAUUUCGGAUAUAAAGAUCUAGAGGCUAUUCAUGGUGCUGCUGGUGAACGUAAAUUGGAGAAUGAUUUGAAAUUAGGUGGUGUUUCAGCUAAAAACUCCAAGGCAUAUUUGGGUGAAGAUUGGCAAACCAAAAAGGAAAGAAUACGUAAGAAUAGUAUGUAUGGACAUUUGGAUAAUUGGGAAUUAUGCUCAGUUAUUGCCAAAACUGGUGAUGAUUUAAGACAAGAAGCUUUUGCAUCUCAAGUUAUUCAAGCAAUGGCAUCUAUAUGGAAAAAUUCAAAUUGUCCAGUAUGGGUGAAACGUAUGAGAAUUUUAAUCACAAGUGCCAAUACUGGGCUUGUUGAAACAAUUACCAAUGCUUUAUCAGUUCAUUCUAUUAAAAAAGCUUUAACAAAAUUAUCUAUUGAAGAUGGUGAAAAUGUUAAAGGAACAAUUUCUACAUUAACUGAACAUUUUGAACGUUCUUUUGGUGAUCCAAAAUCUGCAAAAUAUAAAAGAGCCCAAGAAGCAUUCGCAAGCAGUCUUGCAGCUUACUCUGUGAUUUGUUAUCUUUUACAAAUUAAAGAUCGUCAUAAUGGUAACAUCAUGUUGGAUAAUGAAGGUCACAUUAUACAUAUUGAUUUUGGUUUCCUUUUAUCAAAUUCACCAGGUUCUGUUGGUUUUGAAGCUGCUCCAUUCAAGUUGACUUUAGAAUAUGUUGAACUAUUAGGUGGUCUUGAAGGUGCAGCAUUCCAAAAAUUUAAAGAAUUAACUAAGGAUUCAUUUAAGGCUUUAAGAAAGAAUGCUGAUUAUUUGAUAACAAUGGUUGAGCUGAUGCAAAAAGAAAGUAAUUUACCUUGUUUCAAAGCUGGUCCACAAACAAGUGUUCAAUUCAAACAAAGAUUUCAAUUACAUCUUUCAGAAACUGAAUGUGAUGCAUUCGUUGAGAAUUAUUUGAUAGGAAAAAGUAUUGGUAGUAUUUACACAAGGUUAUAUGAUCAAUUUCAAUUGCUGACCCAAGGUAUUUAUAGUUGA